AUGAGUAGCGAUUCUCUAUGGAAUAGUGCCGAUGAAGAUGAAAUGCAAAUCAUUACUCGAGAAAGCACUAUUCAUACUCGACAGAUUGAACAGUCUCAAAUAAGAGAAGCCCGUGAUAAGAUCAUUUCCAGCACAAAAACAGUUGUUAAACAACUCUUCCAAGACCAACAAGACUUACUGGUUUUCUUUCUGGGCUACAUCCGAGCCCAACUACUCAGUCCAAAUUCCAAUCCACCACCAAACCAGCCCAAACUCACAGAAGAGUCCAUCUUAAACCAUUUAUACCUAGGUAUUACUCGGCGACUGAAACAAGAAGAUCUUACUCCCACCCAAAUCAAGACCCAAAUCACCAAUCUAAUAACCCAAAUCAUCAACUUACCCAGCAUUCAUACCGAACAAAUGGUCCACUUACUAGACCAACUCAGCUACCAAAAGCAAAGAUAG